AUGGCUUCUACUUCUUCUGCUUCGAGACCCCAUCUUAAAUCUCUAUCAUUCUCCUCUUCGUCAACACUCAGAAACAAGAAACCAACCCCUUGCUCUGUUUCUUACCCCGUCAACAAAACAUUUCCCAUCUCCUCGUCUCUCCAACCUCCGGCUACGUAUAAACCAAUUUCUUGGAAGAAACUAUGUAAAGACGUCGCAUCCUUGAUUCCUAACACGACGAACCAAGCACAGAGAACCGCCGCUACGAUUUUAAACGCGGUGGAGAACGCCAUGGUCUCCUACGAGCGCCGCCAUCAUCCGCUCCCUAAAACGGCUGACCCCGCCGUACAAAUAGCCGGAAACUUCUUCCCGGUCCCGGAGCAACCAGUCCAACAUAACCUUCCGGUGACCGGAACGUUGCCAGAGUGUAUUCAAGGAGUUUACGUCAGAAACGGAGCCAACCCGCUUCACAAACCAAUCUCCGGCCACCAUUUAUUCGAUGGAGACGGUAUGGUACACGCUGUCCGGUUCAAUAACGGUUCAGUUAGCUAUUCUUGCCGGUUCACCGAAACAAACCGGUUGGUUCAAGAGCGAGAACUCGGUCGAUCUAUCUUCCCCAAAGCAAUUGGAGAGCUUCACGGACACUUGGGUAUCGCCAAGCUCAUGCUCUUCAACGCCCGAGGGCUAUCCGGGUUAAUCGACACGACCCGCGGACUCGGUGUGGCUAAUACCGGUUUAAUCUAUUUCAACGGUUAUCUCUUAGCCAUGUCAGAAGACGAUUUACCAUACCAUGUAAUAAUCACCCAAACCGGAGAUUUAAGAACUUCGGGUCGGUACGAUUUCAACGGUCAGCUCAAAACCACAAUGAUCGCCCACCCGAAACUCGACCCGGAAACCGGAGAACUAUUCGCUCUCAGCUACGACGUCGUAUCAAAGCCUUACUUAAAAUACUUCAGGUUCAUGUAA